CAACACACACCAAACAGGAAGGAGUACUGAAACCUGGAAUUUUAUCUGUCGCUGUGAAACUGUGAUUGCUGCAGACUUUGUCACCUGCAGCCCAUUAUAUUUAUCUUUACGGGGUGGUUCUGGACACAGAAAAUGGACACGAAGAGGGAGUAGAUACAGUACAGUGACCUUUCAUCCCCUGAGCAGUCCUUAUCUAUAGCUGAAGCUUGGUCCACCAAACUUAAACAGUUACAGACUGGCUGAACAAUCAGAACACAAACAUCAAGUCUUUUCUACAAGGAGCAAAAAAACCUGAAAAUCUGAAUGGUCGAACUGCAGAAUUACUGCAUUCAUGAGUCAUUUUUAAUGCAUUUAAGUAUUAAUCAAAACUACUACCAGAAGAAACAAGAACUUUCUUUCUCAAUUAUGGUUUUGUGAACAAACAAAAGAAAGAAACUGAUAAUCCUGCCCUCAGAGGGGAUGACUGGUUUUAAUGUGUGAGAAAUAAGACAGGACACCAGAAGAAAGCAACUUUAACUGAAUACAUUGGCGCUCUGGAUACAAACCAGCCUCUGGAAUGACCUUUCCAGAGUGAAAUGCUAUUCCUCACAUGCACCUAACAGCAGGAAGCUGCCAUAUACACAGUUCCCCUUCACGUCACUGUGGAGUUAUGAUCUCUAAGAUAAAGGCCAGAUCCUUUUCUCCCAAAGAAAAAUAAUCUGCGGGCUGGAGAUUGGGAUGCAGACGAAAAGCAUGUUUUGGUGACCAAAAUAGCAGAGGAGGAAGAGCAGCGUCUGGGAAAGAAAAAAAGGAGUAUUAGAGACAUGCAAAUAGAGAAGACUGGACUGUUUCUCAUCCCUCGUUGCCAGAGUUUGAAGAGAGGACAACAAACUUGUGCAAUUUUCAUGGCAUUUGUCCAUGGGAGUGCAUCCAAGGCACGUUGGAGUUGACCCUCCCGGGAGGUCCUGUUAGACAGAGAAUAAUACUUCAUGAAGACCAAAGUAAGAGCACACUUCUUCCGUCAAAUUUCGUCUGACUACAGGACAACAUUUGGAGGGAUUACCGCUGGAAGGGGAGCCGUGACCGGAAGCAACAACCUGGAAAGCUGAGCUACUCCUUUCCUUUUCCCUUUUUUUUGUGUUUUCUUGUAUUUCUAAAAGUAUUCACCGCCUGCCAGUGAGGACUAAACCUUCCAUCUUCCAACUCCACCGACAGUUUCAUCUUAUCAGGAGAGAAGAUUGAGCUGACUGGAACGAAACGCUCACGUAUCCCCCUGCUGAGGGCUUUUGUUUCUGCUGCAGCAGAGGCAUUUAUCCGUGAGUAGCGAUGGAGAUGGAGAAGGGACAUAUGUCUAUCAGGAGAGGGGUGAGCUGGAGUCCAGGAGGACUGAGAAAACCUCUCCAGGCAACGCAAAACAUGCACACCCCUGGGACGGAGUGCAAUGCAUCAUGGGAGAAGGCAGGAUUCAACAAAGAACAGAUGAGCCGGAAAACAAAUCUGACCCGGAGUGCCAGUUUAUCAGAGAAGGAGUUAAAAGAGGCUCGUGUCAGGAGUCAGAUCAUUGCCGCUCAGCUCACCAUCCCCUCCAACUCCAGCUCCAGAGGCGUGCAGCUCUUCAACCGGCGCAAGCAGAGGGUCAACGCCUUCACGCUCGAAAGCUGUGGAGAGGGGUCAGAGGAGGACAGAGCUGGGAAUGUGAAAACCGACCCCUCAUUUAACAAACUAACAUGGGCAGAGAGGAGCAGUGAGGAAAAGGAUAGAGACCUGAACUUUAAAAAUAGCACUACCAAGCCACUCUUGUCACAGCCUGGGAGGGUGCAUUCAGCAGGCGAUAUCACGCAGGACCCAGGUAAGGAUUUUCACAAGGAAGAGGACAUGGAGGACUGUGUCAUCCAAGAGAGACAUUUCCAACCUGUCAAGGAAGAGCAGGAGGAAGAGGGAGAGGCAGGAGAUAAAAUCCGCGAGGAGCUGGAGGACAAAGUCAAGGAUGAGAUUCCCCCUGGACAUAAUGAUACUGAUCCAGUUCUGAUUGGACAUGCUGAAGGGGAAGCAGGGAUGAAUGGGGGUCACGCAGGGCCAGAUCCCCCUGGAAAGCUUCUGAAUGGCUGCCACAGUACCUCUGGACCCGAGAGGGUGUCUGUGCCCACAUCCAAGCAGACUAACACCAUCAUCAAUCGAACUGCCAGGCCCUUUUUCUCGCCGCUGACAGUGCAGUCUCCAGAGGCAGUCAGCCCAAUCAUGGACAUUCCCCCUCCUCCUUCUUACACCACUCCUCCUCUCCCUGCUUUCACAGCUCCACAACCUGUGGCGUUCUCACCUCCACCUCCGCCUCCCUCAUAUCCCACACCUCCACUCCCUGCCUUUACAAACCAACCCCCGCAGGCCUACUACUCCAGUCCACCUCCGAUGUCUCCUGUCAUGUCCCCUUCCUCUCCUCCACCAGCCCAGUUCCCUGUUUCUUCUGUAUCCCAAUACCCACCCAUGCCCCAUUAUGGCCCUCCCACAGCCCCAAAACCCUCCACCUUUGUUCCUCAACCUGCUGGAGAGAGGAAGCAGGUAACACAGAUCAAAACAGGAAUACUUGAGGAGGGCGCUGCUAGAAGGGCAAAUAGGAAGGCAAUGUUCACGUUCAAAGAGAAGCCAGUGGUAGCGCCAAACCCUGAGCUGCUCUCUCUGGUGCAGGGGGCGGAUGAAAGGAAGAAACUUGGAAAUAGAUCUGUGCUUGAGCCAGCAUCCGAGGAAGAGUUGCUGGCGCUGGGUGCAGAGGCCUCCAACUUCCUCGCCAAGGAAGAGGACAAGGUUGAGGAUUCAAGAGCUCCAGAGUGGGCUUCCUGUCUCAAGAGCUCUAGGACCCGACCAAGGACUGAGCACAGGCCAGAGCAGACCCUCACCAAUGUAUCAGGAAAGGGGGCUGAGCUGUUUGCCAAGCGUCAGUCCAGGAUGGAGAAAUAUGUUGUGGAGAAACAAAAUGCAGGACAAAUCAGGUCUCCUUCCCCCACGAUGUCUCUGCCUCCAUCUUGGGUGUACCCAUCAAACAUGCCCGGCAGGGUCAAGGCCAUUGCUAAAAGCUCUGACAUGAGCGCUCAGCUUUCACAAAACCUAAAGGCCCAACAAGCGGUCAAGCAAAAGCCAAAGCAAAAAGCUCCAGCACCGGAGCCAAUUCCAGAGCCACCUCCGUUAGAAAACGGUUGCUCCAAGAUAGAGAUGGACCUGUCAAGGCACAGGCCUUACCAGCUUAACUCGUCCCUCUUCAUCCUUAAGCCUGCCAAGGACCCCCUUAGUACUCUACCCAGAGGAGCACCACAGUCCAAGAACCUGAUGUCUACCCAGUCUUUCUCUAGGCAGACUUCCUUACCUAAUAACCCUCCUUCUCACUUCAGUACCCAGUGUAUGUCUCCACAGCUGCCACUCAGCCCCACAAGAGGAGGAGCGGAAUAUGCACCAAAUCCAGCGUCCGGGCAGGCUAGAAUCAGUUCUCCCAUGUCUGCCUUUUCUCCAGAGCGAGUGUCCUCUCCUCGGUCAGGGGUCCAGGCACCAAGGCCCAUGUUUUCUGCCAAGAAGGCAGGGAUUACAGCACAGACGCCUAAGGACUCCUCCCCAGUUGAAACCUCCAGUGAGACUCCCACGCCAAACAGGACGCCAAGCCUCAUCAGACGUUUCAGCAGCCCAGAGGGCCCCACCACAGGGACCUGGGCUCCCAGCCUCCAAACUAAUCGCCCCUCCACCACCAUCUCUAGCCGCUCAGUCACUUCUCCUGUAUCCUCUCCCAGAGGAACAAGAUGCCAGUCCCCUGUGGCUAGUCAGAAUAUCCAAUUUUCCUCCACUCCUUCCUCCAAUACAACAUCCAGACCCUUCCAACCAUCUACAGCCACCUCUCCACGCUCUCCUCCUUGGGGUUCAAGAUGUCAGUCCCCAAUGAUGAGCCAGAAUACCCAGUCCUCCAGCAUCGCCUCCAUUCCUGGUUUUAGACCUCCCCAAACUUCUACAACUUCUCCUCUUUCCCCUCCUUGGGGUUCAAGAUGCCAGUCCCCAUUAGUAAACCAGCAUACCCAGUCUUCCACUGUCAACUCCAUGUACACAUCCAGACCUUCCCAAACCCCCACAGCCACAUCCCCUCGCUCUCCCUGGGGAUCAAGAUGCCAGUCCCCAAUGGUAAGCCAGCAUGUUUCCUCAGUAGUAUCCACACCCAGACCAACCCAAACAUCUACAGUCACAUCUCCAGUCUCCCCUCCUUGGGGUUCACGUUCCCAGUCUCCUGCACUCUCUCAGACCAGUUUAUCCUUUUCCACCACAAAGCCUCUGUACACAUCCUCUGCCACCUCUCCUGUUCCCCUACCCAAAGACAGUCACUGCAUGUCCCCCAUCGGUAAUAACCUAGACUCAGCCAAAGCCAACCAUCGCCUCCUGGCCAAGAACAUAAUCAACGCAGCCAAACGUAAAAACAGCCCCUCCCCUGGAGCACUGAGUGGUAACAACCUCCCCAUCUCACCUCUGGGAAAUUCCCACCAUGGCUACGACUAUCACAAACCACCCAUCAGCCCUUUCCAGUCAAGGGCAUUGGGGGCACAGUCUCCUACUUUCACGAGCCCUCCUCCCACUCCAACGCAGAGGAUCUGCUCCCCUGUGAGGCUCUACAACACUCGCUCCCUCACUGACUCUGAUGCCUCUGUUGAGUCUGAAGACUCAGGCCUCCGAUCACCUGGCCUGCACUCCUACAACACUUGUCCUCGCGGCUGGGGCGGUAGCCUGAGGGUAAAGAGAAGCACCAUCUCCACUGACCUGUGAGGGAGUUGCUGGAUGGCAACCAGAGCAUUACUUCAGUUUUCAUAGACUUUUGUGGCAUUUGAUCAAACAGUAAAAGAGAUUCUGAUGGCAUUUCAUCAGAUCAAUAUUAGAUAAGUUACCUUUCUGUAACUUUGAAUAUCAAUCCUGUUGUAUUAAGGUAGUAUUAGUAUUUUAUAUGACUCACAUUCAUAGUAUGGACUGACAAGAACAAGCUUUUUAACAUAACGCAGUUGCUGUGGCUUGUACGCUUCUUACAUACCAAAAAGUGCAAAAGACUCAAAAUAACCAAAGAUAUUUGAAUUCACUUCACUGAAUGUUACACUUUUUACACCCUCACAAUAAACAUGCUACCUUCACAGCCACUGCUCUAGUUUAAGUAGAGUUUAAGUGAAGGGUUAUCAGUUUUAAAUGUUAUAAAUGAAUCGUCAUUAUAUUUUCUGGUCUGACGCAAGUCAAAAUGGGAAGAGACUUAAACAUUUUAAGGCAUAGAAGAAACACAUGGAAUAAGUAGCAUGUACAUAUAAAGCUGAUUGAACUGUACAGUACUUAAAGUACGUAAAUAAAAUUUCAUUGUACUGUAUUAGCAAAGCAUCAAAUUUAACUAUGCAGUGAAUAAAGAUUUAGAUGAUUCUGGGUAAAAUGAGCUUACCUCAUUUUUCCAUGACAAAAACACAGUGGUAGUUGGGAUACGCUAUUCACAUUAUCAUACUCGGUCAAAUUAUUCACCACAGUUUAUUACGCAUUUUAAUCUACGGAGAAUAAAUCAUAUGCAUAAUUAUCCCGGUGCAAUAAUCACAGUGUAUAUAUGUUGCUUUAUGUACUGCAUUUGCUAAAAUGAAUGUAAGCUUUACAGACAGAUUGACAGAGAAUGACAAAAAAAGGGAGUGCUGAGUAGGAAGAGUUAUGUGGAGGUUUGAUGGGGAAUGACGCACCUGUUCAAUCACUGUUUCCAUGUUUGAGGAAAAAAAGGUUUCAGAGGUUUCAAAACGUUUAAUGAUUGAUGAUGAACAAUUUAAUGGACAAAUAUUAGCAGUUGAAUUCGCUGCGGAAAUUUAAUGGCACAUGGAUUGUAAUAUUCAAAUUGGAGAGUGAUGUACGUAAGUGUUGUCGCCUUUGCUGACCACAAACAGUCUUUCUGUUUUUAUGUCAGUAAUAUCUUUCAUGAGGAACAGAUUAACAUAUUUUGUGCCUGUACUUGUUGUGUGCCUGUUUGGACGAGGUUUAGGAGCAAAUGUGUUUGUGACACAAAUAGAAAAGGUACAACAAAAAGUUGUUCAAUUUUCAUGUGGAAAAAAGGGGAGAUGAAUGUUGUAUGUUGUGAAAGUGUUUGUGAGAAAAGGAUCAGAGGGAUGGAUUGUAUUUUAAAUACAUACAUAACUCAAAUGUAGAUUCUCUUUAACUUCUAAAGUUCCUUUUUGUACUUGAUUUGCACUUCUGUUCAUUCCAUUUCAACAGCUAAGUUUGCAUUGUUUAAGACUUGAUUUGGCCUACUGUAAAAAUCAGAUCAUUCCUGCACAGUUUAACAUGAUGGCAGCAAUUAGCUGUAAAUCUGAGUGCUGCCUUCAAACCACAACUGGCUUUCUGGUUCAAGUGAAAGCCAUUUUUCCCGGUCCUGUACCAGCAAACACAACAGAUCAUUGCUUCACUACCUGGCAUGCAGGCCAAAAGCAUCAGCACAUUUCUAAAUAUUAACUUCUGUGUGUCUUUUGAGUGACAGGGACACCUGCCACGUGGUGACCUGGCCCCCUCAGCAGGAUUAAGCCUAUCACUGUCAUGGAUUGGUUUCAACCUGGGUCACCUCUGGACAAACUAAACACUGCUGACAUACUCAAACACAGAAAGUCAUCAUUUGAUAUUUUGAAUUUAGCAAGCAGAAUUUUGGUGGGGUUCUGUGAUUGCAAGCCUGCAUUUUUUUCAGUAUUGCUUUUUCUCUCUUUUCAUAACUAUGUUGUCUGAAAAUUAAUGCAAAAUAAAAAGUGAUGACACACCAAUCC